AUGGCCAGAAGAUGUUCCCAUCGUGAAUUUGAAGAAAGAAUCGAAGUCAAGCCCUCGGUAGAACUGAUUCCAGACGAAUUUGAGCACCAUACUGAAGAUGGCAGCGAUAUCGUAAUACACGCUUUUAUCGAUGAUACAGAGGAUGACCUUAAGAAUGCCCAACAGUUUUUCGAUUCCCUAAAAGCAUUGGAUAUUCGGAUCUCAAUCGGCAUAUACACAAUUUGGAGAGAAACGAUUUUCUUACGGUUAUAA